UCGCCCCAUCCACCUCCGUCCGUCGCCCGCGUCUCUCGCUCAAUCCCGAUCCCAAGUCAACCGCGUCGCUCCCUCAAUCCUGGCCCCAAUUCAAAUCACCGCCGCACCGCCGCGCCCCGCACCAAAUCACCGCCGCGCCCCAGCGCCUCGCCCCCGCCCCGAUUCACCGCCGCGCCGCCAGCGCCGCUUCACGGACCCGGAGCCGCGCCACCGAUGCGCCCCAGCUCCAAGACUGCCCUCGCGAGAUCAGCCGACGAGGAGGAAGAGGAGCCAUCGUGCCCGGUGUGCCGUCCUCUCCGAUCCCUUCUUCUAUGGAGAUGACGACAUCGACGAUCUUCGCGGGCGCAUCGAUCUGGGCCCCCCUCCGACGCCAACGUCGACGCUCCCUCCAACGCUGCUGCCUCCUCCGACGCCGACGGCCCCUCCGAUGUUGCGGCCUGCCCUCUGAUUAGCCGUGGCACGCCGUAGCUGCCCCCGAGAUCACGCCGAUUCGAUCUGUUGUAGCCUCGCCUGCCAGAUUUCGAUUGGGGAGGAUAUGGCAAUAUAGGCAUUUGCGGAGGCAACCUGCGAACCUGUGUGGCUUGUCGCUUGCGUUUGGACGAACUCUGAAGUCAGGUAUUGUUCCACUUCACAUUUUAUCAUGUUGUAUUGUAGCUUUUGUAAUUAUACAGUAAAGAAUAAAAACCUUCUGGGAGAGGUGAUUGCACAUUUAACUUGGAUACUCAUCCAAAUUGUGUUCUUUUUCUGUGCUGAUUCAAUGUGUUUAGCUUGGAAUUGGAUUGAGUGCAGUCAAUAUCUGAAGGAGAUGCUAUAGGAGCAACAGAAGCUCGGGCCCUGCAUGCAGGUGGUGCUCCCAAUCUGCGGCAGGUUGUUGAAUCAAGGUGAGAGAUAAUUCAUGAGCUAUGUUCCUAGACGAGCCUUGUCUUUAUGAUAAAAGGAUAGCCUUUAGCACAUUGGUUUGAUGUGGGAUGACUAGAACUUUUCGUAUUCAUGUAUCUCAAGCUCUCAAUACAGUACAAGAUGAAAAAUGAUAAGUAGCACAGAGAUAAUGAGAAUAUCAAGUAACGCUUUCACACCUUGGAGUUUGGGAAAUGAGAGGCUGGCAUUAAUUGCAAGUCCAAUUCAUAUGCAUCCAUUGCCAGGAGUGCCUAAUUUCUAUGGAAAUGGUUUGGUCUAUGAAAUGGGAUGCGUACUGAGGUAUGGCUAUUAAAAAUCUUUCACUUUGUCAGUUCAUUGAUUUACUUGAUAGCUCUUCAUUGUGCUAUUAAUUCUUUGUUGAAAAAAAACGAUACUACAGCAUAUGUGUAGGUUCUCUAAGAUCGAAGUGAACCAGAAAUAUAAUUUCGGCACUUUUAUUGUAGUUUCAUUACAAUAUACUCCAUAAUAAUAUGGACAUGUCUUAAAUGUGGUGAAUGGAACAAACAAACUACCCACUCCUAAAACAUGUUAUCAUCAAUGGAUGUGCAUGGGUUCCGAAAUAAGUUGACCUUAUAUAUUGAGCAGGACUACAUUGAUAAGAGCCUUGCCUGUUAGAAAACUAAAUUUAAUAUUCUUAGCUUAUUGAUUGGAACAAUGCGUGUGUAUCAAUCUAAAUACUUAGAAAUAUCAUCCAUAUAAUUAUUGAUGGGCAGCUGACCGAAGCAAAUAAUCAUAUACUACUGAAUUAUUUUGUUUGCAGGUCACUUAUAGCAACCAUUUGACUGGACAUAUAUCAGAUAUUUUUCAGCACUCCUGGGACUUGCAGAUUUCAUUUUAACUUGUGCUUCUAUGCUACCACUUAAUUAAGAAUAUAGUUGCCUAAUUUAUUUGGAUUAUUUAUGCCAGCAAGCACAUCAACCUCUCAUUUUUUUUAUGAUGCAUUGUAGCUUAUUUUGCUCGGUUACGCCGGUAACACAAAAAUCUUGAUCGGUCCGUCAAGUGUUGGGACUUCCAUGGAUGUGCUGCAAUCUUCACAAGAAGAGAGAAAUAGAGAUGAUGUUACAGAUCUGUUACAUGGUUGGUGGGCCGUCCAUCACUGCAGCCAAAAUAAAGUUUUUGAUCCUGAAGACGAAGAUCCCAGUGUUCCAGCCACAACUCGAGAAAAGACUUGAUAGAGAAGCUCUAAUUUUUGUUAGUGAGAAUUUCCAGUUCCAUGCUGAGGCUGUUCAUACGACUGCAAAGCUUGAUAGGCGAUACAGUGCUCUUGUGGAGGUGCAAGCUUGUGGAUCUGUUGUGUCGGAUCGGAGGAGUAGCCACAUGCGAUGCAUACCAAUGGAGUACUUCCUCAUGGGAUAUGGCUUGUACGGACCACAUGUGCCUGGAGUAAUCAAAGUUAUGGAGACAUGCAGGAGCUCAAAGUACAGCUAGCGAAAGUUACAUUCUUAGUAGGAUGGAGGGAUUAUCUACUGGCGUUUCGUCACGGGCCGUGCAUGGCAGAUUGACAUAGCUCCCCGGGAUGUCUCGUCGACUCCUUGGCGCCCGCUCGUCCAUGAUCGGUCUCGGCCUCUCAGGGCUCUCAGCUGCAGAGUGGAGCACCAUAUCGACCUGCAGGCUGGAGCGCGCAGGAAAGUACCAGCGCGCAAGGGCUUGUGCAACACGAGGUCAGCUGUGAGCUUGCCGAGCAGCUGCAGACAGAUUUUUGCUGCGGGCAAAAUGGCACCCAGUGGCCAGUGCGUGAGGGGGUAGGUACGAGUGGGAACCGCAGCCAGACGCACGGGCGCCGCCGGGCAUGCCAUCGACAUUGGACGGCGAUGGCAAGUCAUACGUGGGCAGACAGGCGCCGAACGCUGCGAGAAGCGAGUAACGGCUCUCUCUCGACAGAUCAGAGAAGAACAGAAGUUGCAUUUGAGACUGCAAAAUGUACGCGGUUUUAUGGGCACGGUUAAUUCCCGUAAUAUAAUAUGUUCGUACGACCA